AGCUGCACAGGUUGUAAGGGAAGGGGACAAAGAGUGAGAACAGGAAAGGCAGAGGAAAAUAUUAGCAACUGGUUGGAGAGGGAAAGAGGACAGAAGGUGAUAAAGAGAGAUCAGCUGAUUGUUUUUCUGAGAGAAGAAGGGAGUCAGGGUGAGAAGGAGUGAGGCAGGAGACAAGUCUUCAGCAGUGGGAGGUUCCUCCAGGGAGGUUAUAGUGAUCUUUGGCAGCAAACCCUCCUCUCCGCUGGGUGUCAGACCCCCAGGAUCCAGAGCCAUGGAGCCCUCUGUGUCGGCCGAGGUCGAGGGGGAGCCCAAGGAGAGGAAGAAGAUCCAAUUUGCUGUUUCGACUGAGAUGGAGGGGGAACCAAAGGAGAGGAAGAAGAUUCAAUUUGCUGUGCCGGCCUCUGUGCCCACCAACCUGGACCCUCGGCAAGUGGAGAUGAUCCGGCGCAGGAGGCCAACACCUGCCACGCUGUUCAGAGUAGCUGACCAAACAUCUCCUGAGGAUGAUCAGUCCACCCAUCAGGUAAAGUGGGUUGUCGGAGAGAACGGAGUGCUCAAACCAAAACGUGUCAACCCAAACGUGUAUCAGCCUCCAUCACUCAAAGCUGUGCAGAAGAUGGCCGAGGCACAUAUGCAGAACCUAGGUGUCUACCCCCCUUUGGAAGACCCUUGUGAAGGGGAGGAGGAUGAGGACCACUGGCAGGGAGAGGAGGGAGAGGACACAUCUCCCACCAAAGCUGCCGAUCACCAAGAGACGGCGACCACCGAGCAGUCAGACAAGUUUUCAAGCGUGAGAGAGACGGCCAAGCAGAUCCAGGCAGCACAGGAGGAAGAGGGGGAGGAUGAGGAGGAGGACGAGGGAGACAAAAUCAAGGCAACGACAGAGGACAACAGUCGGGGGAGUUACUGAGAGAGAGGGAGUGAAAGAAAAGUAACUGAGAGGGAGAGAGAGAGAGAGAGAGAGAGAGAGAGAGAGAGGAGUGAAGGUGUUUUGUCAAAUGGUUAAAAUCUGAAGAACUCUGUAGAGAUGAGAAAAUGGGUGUGUGCUGUUUUGUGGAUGUCAGCGUGUGGAGACGAAUGAGCUGUGAAAGAUACUUCCAUGAAAUUAAACGCGAGAGCGAGCAAAGAUCGCUGAACUACUUCACCUCUGUAUGGUGAAAGGUAAAGGUGGAUUAAAAAGAGCACAGAGAGGCAGUUUGUGUUUUAGGAGUCAGCCCAUAUGAGCAGCUGAGAAAUGAUCGACUGACACAGCAGGCCACAGACGCCACUCUGGCCCUAAUGUCCCUUUGUUUAUAAUGAGAGUGGAGGGGCCAACAAGGUCAGCAUGACCACAUACCCUGUAAGACCAGUCCUGCCUCUAACUCAAUGCUUCUGCACAGAGCUAUCCUGUAUAGAGGGUAAUAAUUACCACAAUAAUCACACUCACACAAACUCUCGGGCGCAUUUUUAACAAAGACUGUCUCUCAUACAACAUAUUCAGAAGCACUUGAAAGUCUUUAAAUGAGUGUGGUAUAUGUUCCACUUUAUUUUGAAAUAUCAUAAUGAUUUGCAGCAUACUUAGUGUUUAGCCCUGAUUAAAUGCACAUGUACUGCCAUCUUGUAGUUGAAAGUAGGAACAACAGAUUUAAAGUGAUUCUCUGCCUUGUAUCAAACAUCUAAAGGAGCAGCGUGGAGAAUUUAGCGGCAUCUGGUGCUGAGGUUUUAUAUUACAACCCACUUAACAUCUCUCUGCACACACCUCCUUUGUUGGAGAAUGUAUGGUGGCCUUCAGGUAAAAAACACAUUUUAAAAUUUUUAAAAAGGCAUCUCUAGAGCCAGAGUUUGUUUUUUCCCCUCUGGGCUACUGUAGAAAGAGCUGCAGUGGAAGAGGACCCCAUCCCUACAGAAAUGUGAAGGUUUCAUGCUAAACUAAUGAAGCACAAUUGUUCUUAUUAUCAGAAUAUUAUAAACUAAUGAAACCAUAAUUAUGAACAUUUCUGCACAUAGAUUCCCCUUAAUUCCACACUCUGCUUCUUUAAGGUUGGAAUACUUAUAUUCUCAUGGAGUGAAAUCCACUUUUAAUGCUAUUUGGUUGAAAUGUUUUAAGCAACAGCCUUUUAUUGCAUUCACACUCUAUAUUAUAUAUAUCCGUAGUUGUCAUUGCUAGUGGCGGAGUCCGCCAUUACCAUGAGUGAUUCAAACUGCCUACCUAAGCUAGAGGAUUCACAAGAAAAAAUGCAUCAUACUGUUUUGUAAUUCUAUCUCAUUAAUGAUCAGGCUGACUGUUUACCUUUCACUUUCCUAACACUGUAGCAGAGCUGUGUUAAAGGGUAACUUUGGUAUUUUCCAACCUGGAUUCUAUUUGCCCAUGUUAACAUGUCAAAGUGUCUGAUAAGAACAAUUUUUGAAAAUGGUUCAGUAUUGAGCUGGACCAUUGAGGCCAACAGCACAAAACCAGCUGCAAUGAAGUAGUAUCGUCAGCUUAUGUCCUCCUAAAUUCUUUUUUUUUUUUUUUUUGCCUUUACAGGUGCAGGUGUUUGUUAUAAGUAUCUGACAACAUCGUGGAAAAGAUUCCUAAAGAACUUUGUUGUCAAAGAAUAAGAUCCUUUUUGUUAAACCAGAGACAGCCCCGAAAUGGCCCUCACCAAACCACCAGGCUCCAUUUAAAAUUAACAUUAAUUUCACGUAUAUAGACUAUAUUCUUUUACAUGUGAUUGUUGGAACAGUCGAAAGAUGAAAUAAGAUGAUUUUUGUUAGUUUCAUUUUGUUUCUGUGGAUUUAAAGUGUUUCUAUGAUGAAACCAAGUUCAAAGUUAGUCACUGUGAUGCAAAAACAUAGGAAAAUACAGUCCAGGUUGAAACCCUUUAAAUUACCACAUACUGAAAUUUUAUUUUUAUUAUAAGAAUAAAACUAACUAUAACUAUAACUAACCUCUUAAAAAAUUAAAAGAGAACAG